CUGAGGAACCCAAAGGUUCCCGAGGAAAAAAAUAUUUUUUUGACCCAAUGGAGAAUUUCCAGUUGCAUUUUAAAUGAGUAAGUCUUUAUGCGACUGUUAGGUAGAAAGUUAGGCUUCAGUAGUCAUUGCUGCCAUUUUUCGUUGCAAGAACAGAGACCCACAAGAAAAGGGAAAAGCCGACGACAGAAUUAUGUUGAUAUCAAAUUUCAGUAGCGGCAGAAGUCACACGAAAUCAUAUGAAGAACUGAUAUGCUCUCCCUCUUUGAUGGGUGGGCAUCAACAACUAUCAAUUUGUUUCUUGGCAGUUUACAUUCUCCUCUCCAUCACAGCAUUUGCUGGGAAUUCUCUCAUCCUUGUUGCCCUUUAUAAAGAAUCUUCCCUACAUCCGCCGUCCAAACUCCUGUAUCGUUGUCUGGCAACCACUGAUCUGUUGGUUGGUCUUGUUGCCCAGCCUCUCUAUGCUACAUAUUGGAUGUCCGUGUUUCAAGAACAUUGGAGCCGUUGUCGAUACGCCAGGGACGCAGGCUACGUCACAAGCUAUGUAUUGAUUUUAGUGUCUUUGAUGACGAUGACGGCCAUAAGCGUGGACAGACUUCUCGCCCUGUUGUUGGGGCUGAGAUACAAACAAAUUGUAACUUUGAAGCGCACGUAUAUCAUUGUAACUACCUUUUGGGUUUUUAACAUUGUCGCCUCUUUAUGUGGAAUUUUUUAUCCUAGUAUAAUCUAUUUGUACAGCUGCCUAGUUUCACCAUUUUGCCUGGUAAUAUCCUUCGCAUCGUACACAAAGAUUUUUUGCACUCUCAGAAAUCGUCAAGCACAAGCACAAGCUCAACAGCAGCCGAGCCAACCAAAUGCACUGAACAUGGCGCGAUACAGAAAAGCAGUGCACCGUGCACUGUGGGUACAGUCAGCUUUAGUUGUUUGUUAUACACCAUUCCUCAUUAUGUUUAUUGUGGCCUCUCAUAGUAAAACAUAUUCAUCACACUUAGUCGUCACAAGUGAAAUAGCAAUUAUCCUUGUUUACUUUAACUCGACGUUAAACCCGUUCCUAUACUGCUGGAAGAUUAGUGAGGUGAGACGAGCAAUGAAGCAGACAAUCAGACAAGCACUUUGCUGUCCAUGGAGUUAGACCAUCCUCGAGUUAUAUAUGAUCGUAUAAGUACUUUCAGUGCAAAGCUGACCGAUAGAGAACGCUUGUCGCUUAAAUUUUUGCUCGAGGUCUGUCGAUAGUAUUUUUUGCUAGUCACGUAAAACAAA